AUGGCGUCAAUUGUCACAAACAUUCUAAGUUCCACAGUGGGUUUACUCGUGAAUAAAGCGCGCGACUCGGCUGCGGAUAAACUGAAGAACGGCGACGUUACUGAUGCCAAGAUUCGCGAGCUCGUCGUAAGAGAGUUGAACGACGUCAAGGCGAAACUCGAUGGUCUGUCACGUAAAGAUUUGCUCAGCAGCUACAGUUUUCUGAAGCAAGGUAUCGAUUUGCUGAAUGUUUCUCUUAAUAAGUCCAUGGACGAACAGAAAGAUGUAGAUAAACCUACCACCGACGAGCAAGCCACAUCAACAAUGUCGAGCAGUGUUCAGUCUGGGAUCUUAAACGAAGCCUUGGCACUUUCUCAAGCGAUGGAAAAGUUAAAUAUUGUAGCAGACGGGCAGUUUGAGUACGCAAAGAAGCGGUUUGAAGACGCACGAAGGAGAGCAACCAUCGCUUUCUCUAACCACGCUUUGAGUAUCGAAGACAGACUGAUGGCGGCAAAACUACAUAUUGUUGCGACGAUUUUGGAAUGCCUCGAAUCACCAGAACAUGCGAUCACAUCGUGGAAUUGCACGGUCUUGAGGCAAUUGCCGAUAUAUUCUCCGUGUAUCUCAAUCGUGGAUUCAUGUCGAGAUUGA